CGUCGUGUUAUGGGCGGUUCGCGUUGUCCCUUUCGUUUCCGAUCCCACUUCCUGCUUUAGCUGUCGAAAAACAAAACAAAAAGCUGUGAGAAUAUGCGCUCUUUGGUUGGACUUAUCACUGUUGUUAUAGCUGCUACGUUCUACCUUUAUUCACUGUCUCUGUACCUGCCCCCUGCACCGCCAAGACCUGUUCGGACACCAACCGAACAUGUCGGAGCAGAAGAGUCCAAAGUGCCCGUUGGGAGCACGGAGGGGAUCAGAAGGUUGAAAUUCCCUUCUGACUUGGAGGAGCUGCGGGAGCUGGCUGCGCUUCUUCAGUUUUACAAGACAGAGCACACAGGAUACGUGUUGCUCCUCUUCUGCAGCGCUUACCUUUACAAGCAGUCCUUUGCCAUUCCCGGAUCCUCAUUCCUGAACAUCUUAGCGGGAGCCAUAUUUGGCCUGCAUGAAGGUCUGCUGCUAGCCUGCGUGCUUACCACUGUGGGCUCCACCACGUGCUACCUUCUAUCUCAGGCCUUCGGAAAACACCACAUUGUGAACCUCUUCCCUGAUAAAGUUUCCAUGCUCCAGAGGAAGGUGGAGGACAACAAGGACUGUUUGUUCUUCUUCCUGCUCUUCUUGAGGUUCUUUCCCAUGACGCCCAACUGGUUUUUGAAUAUGGCCGCCCCCGUUGUCAACAUCCCAGUGAUGUUCUUCCUCUGCUCGGUCUUCAUCGGCCUGCUUCCGUACAACUUCAUCUGCGUCCAGACUGGUGUCAUGCUGUCGGAAGUGUCGUCACUGGACGACCUGUUCUCCUGGCAGCGCCUCAUCCAGCUGCUGGCCAUCGCCUGCAUGGCUCUGCUGCCGGGCGCCCUCAUCCGCCGGUACAGCCACUGGCGCCUCAAAGUGGAGGCGCAUGAGCAGAACGGUGACCUCGCCAACAAGAAGGUCCAGUGAUUUGCUCCUCAAAAGGGAGACUUACUCGGUGGAACGUUUUAUUUGGACCACUGGAGCCACCUGAUGUUAGAAGACGACCAACAUCAACGAUAUCUACUGGGUGUACGGUCGUAACAGGAGAGGGGAGGGGAAUUUUGCUGUUGACUGUUUUCUACUACCUCACAUCAUCAGUGUUGAGUGUCUGCCGCAGUUUGACAAGACAAAGCAAAAAGGGAGCGCAAUCACACGAUCAUUAUCAAAAACAUUCAGAUUCAGUUUGAAUGUAAAAGGUAACCUGUUGUAGCUGUGCAGUGUCCAGUGAGGAAUUUGGGGAUUAUUACAGAAGAACCCGCAUUAUCAUUUGUGGUGAACUGUACAGCCAUAUUUUUUUACUGUCUUUUUUUUUUUUUUUUAUCCAAUAGAAUCUUCAUUCGUAGAAGUGAAUGUAACAUUUAUGCAGGCAGCACAAAGCCUCGCAAUACAACAUUGUUGCUUGGGCUUCGUUCCAUGGACCGUGCGGAGGACGAAAGGUGACUAUCCCCGAGGAGGUGUUUUCGUAUAGUCGCUCAUUGGCCACAACAUUAGGUACACCCGUACAAUAUUAUGCCAUCCAAUCAAAAGAUAAGAGCCUGUCAUGUGUUUAUUUUUGUACUUGGAUGGGGUGUCUGGUUGUGUUCCUCUCGUGUAGUUAAAUAGGCACCAAAUUAUUAGAAAAACCGCAGUGCAAUUAAGAAUUAUGAUUAUUAUGAAUGGGCUGCGAUUGGCUGGCGACCAGUCCAGGGUGUACCCCGCCUCUCGCCCGAAAUCAGCUGGGAUAGACUCCAGCAUACCGCCAUGACUCUAGUGAGGACAAGCGGUGUAGAAAAUGGAUGGAUAUAUAUUAUGAAUGGGGAUAAUUCUAUUUGAAAUACUGUUUGUUUUUCUAACAAUGGAAGGUUUAUAUAUUUAAUUUACUGUACAAUAUUUAUAUGAUUAAUAUACAGUGGUGUGAAAGUGUAUGCCUCCUUCCUGAUUUCUUUUUUUGCCUGUUUGUCACAGUUUCAGAUCAUCAAACAAAUGGAAAUAUUAGUCAAUGGCAACACAACUGAACACAAUGUAGUUUUUAAAUGAAACUUUUUAUUAAGGAAGAAAAAAUCCAAACCUACAUGACCCUGUGUGAAAAAGUGAUUGCCCCCUAAACCUAUUAACUGGUUGGGCCACCCUUAGAAGCAACAACUGCAAUCAAGCGUUUGCGAUAACUUGCAAUGAGUCUCUUACAGCGCUGUGGAGGAAUUUUGGCCCACUCGUCUUUGCAGAUUUGUUGUAAUUCAGCCACAUUGGAGGGUUUUCCAGCAUGAAGCGCCUUUUUAAGGUCAUGCCACAGCAUCUCAAUAGGACUUUGAUGAAGCCGCUCCAAAGUCUUCAUUUUGUUUUUCUUCAGUCAUUUAGAGAUGGACUGGCUGCUGUUUUUUUGAUGAUUGUCCUGCUCCAGAGCCCCAGUUCAUUUCGGUUUAAGGUCACAAACAGAUGGCUGGACAUUCUCCUAGGGGAUUUUUUUGGUAGACUAGAAUUCAUGCUUCCAUUUAUCACAGCAAGUCUUCCAGGUCCUGAAGCGGCAGCCCCAGACCAUCACACUACCACCACCUUAUUUUACUGUUGGUAUGUUUUUACGCCAGGUGUAAUGGGACACAUACCUUCCAAAAAGGUCAACUUUUGUCUCGCCAGGCCACAGAGUAUUUUCCCAAAGGUCUUGGGUAUCAAGAUGUUUUUCGGCAAAAUUAAAACCAUCCUUAAUGUGUUUUUUUGUUCAGCAGCGGUUUUUGUCUUGGAACUCUGCCAUGCAGGCUGUUUUUUGCCCAGUGUCUUUCUUAUGGUGGAGUCAUGAACACUGACCUUAACUGAGGCAAGUGAGGCCUGCAGUUCUUUAGAUGUUGUUUUGGGGUCUUUUGUGACCUCUUGGAUGAGUCUUCGCUGCGCUCUUGGGGUAAUUUUGGUUGGCCGGCCACUCCUGGGAAGGUUCACCACUGUUCCAUGUUUUCGCUGUUUGUGGAUAAUGGCUGUCACUAUGGUUCGCUGGAGUCCCAAAGCUUUAAAAAUGGCUUUACACCCUUUUCCAGACUGAUAGAUCACAAUAAAUUUAUCUGAAGCAUUUAAGUGUGACAAACAUGCAAAAAAUAAAAAAAAAUCAGGAAGGAGGCAAACACUUUCACACCACUACAUGCUUUAUAUGAUGACAUGACUAAUAUGUAAUACAUUACUGUAUGUAAUAUAUAAGUAAAAGAACAGGACCUCCAGGAAGAUUUAAUACAUGAGCCAAGAGUCCCAAAGAUCAUUUAUAUGACAGAGUAAUGCUUACUAUUAAGCAGCAAGUAGUGUGCAAAGAUGGAUGUAUUUUUUUCAACCAAAAAUGCAGAGUAAUUAUGCUGCCGACAAGCAUGGGUGUCUAUUUGACAAGGUUGUCCAUAUAAAAAGAGCAUUGCUUCUGCUGCUGAUUUAAGGACUACCCCAAAAGCACUUGUUGUAAAUUCAAACAAUAGAAUUGUGGGCCGAUCUGUUGACAGUUGGCCAGUGGGUCGCUAGCCUAAUACUAAUACUUGUAGUAUGUCAAGUCUUGAAGCAGUUGAGGUAAAAUGGAGUGCACUACUUCAAUGCAACCAGUAGAGGCGCUGUUGAUUCAGUCUAAACCGGGAAGUUGAGCUCCUGCUACACUAUGGCAACUUUCUGAGCAGCAUUAUUGAGAACAUUCAGAGAGAAAAUGAUCAAAAAUAUAAGCUCUGACCAGCUUUAGAUCGUGCAGGUGUACCUCGUGUUGUGGCGCGUAUAACUUGACGCCUUUUCAGCCGUGACAUUUGUGAGGCAUUUACCGCAUUUUCAGAGUUGGCAACAAUCAACAAUAAAAUGCCGGACAAGAAGUUGAUGCAAAUUGUGUUUAUUGCUCAGAUCCAGGUUGCUCAGCAAUACAGUUCACACUCACAACUCAAACAACAGUAUGCUUGGAACCAAAAAGGCAUGGAUCCACCACCAAGUGUGAAACAAUGAUCGAAUGUCAGUCCAGCGCACAGUCAUCCAUGACCUUGAGGUGUUUGAGACCUCUGGGCAUGUGGGACCUUUGAGGGGUUUCACCUAUUAAACACACACACACACACACACGAAGGAAUCUCCCAAAUGGUGAGAUGUGUAAAACUACUAGUUGAAAGUUUAGUGCGAGAUGACGCAAAGUGCAUCCUGGAUGGACGACAGCAUGGUAUCACUUGUCUUCACAUUUGAUAAACCACACUGGAUGAUCCAUGUUGCUCGGGUGCUUCAAGAAUGCCCUUUGCUCUGCCAUGUCCCGAUGUUCUGUAGUUGAUAUCCUAUUCACACCUGGAUCCUUUAUUAACCUUCUUUAGCGUGCGGCGCUUACCUCCGCCAAGUUGCAUGCUUUUAUUUGUACCGCAUGGCACCUUGAGCGGUGAAGGUGCAGUAUAUUAGGACCACACUGAAAGCAAAACGUUUCGAGAAAACAACUUUUAAUGUUACAAGAACACGGUUUUAUUUUUUAAAU